CGCCGGGUUAUCGUUAUAGCGCUUUCUAACUCAUUCAUUACAUGUACCCAGUAUAGUAGUAAUUAACCGUUGAUUGAACUCGAAACAUUGGUUUGCAAUCAGUGUGUGUCGUGUCGGAUCCCAUCCAACUGCGGCUGGAUUACGAAGAAUGACGAAAAUGAAGAUUCCUUUUAUCUUGUUGAGUUGCUGUUUGCUGCAGGCAUUAGUGGCUAUUGACGCGCUUGGCCCGCCAAGGAACAUUCGAGUUGUGUUCAUCCGUUAUGAUCCGCCCUUCGGCACCGUGACCUGGGACCCACCAGCCGACGCCCCUGGCCCGAUCGAUUACUACUGGAUGAGAUUUGGCGAAGAAGGCCAGACUCAUUUACAGGAGAGACAAAUCACAGGAAGAACACCAUUCACUGCCAUUAUGGGUGAGAAUGGCGUAAUCUACAAGAUCAGCGUUGCUGCAGAUAUUGACGGCGAACGUGGGGAAUAUGCACUCGAGGUCGUAAAGGCACCAGAAUUACGGCCAAUUGCUACGCCCGAGUACCUCAACGUGACGGGAUUGAGUCCGACCUCUGUGCACGCCGCAUGGGAUCCCCCGAUGAAGAGUGGAAGAAGAGGAAAGAUUGUGAACUACAUGUUGGAAUGGCGGAAAGAUUCUGGUGAAGCUCAGCGUCUGUGGACUAGCAACCUGAACACGAGUGAUACCUCUGCUACAGUUGGUGAUUCAACUCCCCUCGAACCAGACACAGACUAUGUCUUCAGAGUUAGAGCUUUUAAUAGUGCUGGGUAUGGACCCAUAUCGCCGACCUUUCAAUUUAAAACAGACAAAGCUGUUUUCUUGCUUGGCCCGCCGAGAAAUAUACGAGUUACAUUCAUCUAUCAUGAUCCACCCUUUGGCACCGUGUCCUGGGAUCCCCCAGCCAACGCCCCUGACCCGAUCGAUUACUACUGGAUGAAAUUUGGUGAAAAAGGCCAGACUCAAUUAGAGGAGAGACAAAUCGCUGGGAGGACGCCAUUUACUGCGAUAUACGCUGAAAAUGGCUUAGAGUACAAUAUCAGAGUGGCUGGCGAUAUUGACGGCGAACGUGGGGAGUAUGCCCUCUUGACUGUUAAGGCACCCGACGGACGCCCAUCCGCUCCUCCCCAGAACCUAAGCGUAACGGGACUGAGUCCGACCACCGUGCGCGUCACUUGGGAACCCCCGGCAAAGGCUUCCCGAAAGGGGAAAAUAGUGAAGUACAUGGUGGAAUGGGUAAAAGAGACCGAAUCACAGUGGUUAAACAACAUGAACACGAGCGUCAAUGCUGUUACAAUUGGGAACGCAUUCCCCCUUGACGCGGAUACCGACUAUCUCUUCAGGGUGAGAGCAUUUACAAGUGCUGACAAAGCAGGACCUGAAACAGAGCAACUUCAAUUUAGGACGGACAAAGGGGUGUCCAUUGGGCCAUACGGCGAUGUGCCCCCAGUCCUUCUUAACUGUACAUUGACUAGAACAGACGAUGGAAGGAUGAUGGCGCCGGAUUGGGAAGCACAUCCCGAAAUUAAGACAGAGGAGGAAUGUGCUGCAAAAUGCCUUGAAGUACCAAUGUGUGACAGUGCCACGUUCACGAACACCACGAAGACGUGUGAAAUCCACCCGCGAAGAAUUUAUUUUCGAGUUGGUUGGAUGGGCAAGGAAGGCACUAGUGUCAUGUUUGAGAAGGACUGCCCAUCGUUUGUCAAGUACCCUGGUAGGGAUCGUAACAAACGCCAACUUAUCUGUCCCCUAGAUAGGGGUGUACCGAAACCGUCAAAGAAGUAUGCCUACAAAUUAAAAAGAUACAGAGCCACCUAUGAAGACGGUUCGUACGAGUGCCGCAUAGACGAGCUGUGUGCAGGCCUCUCCUACGAAAUAGAUCCAGCGAAUGGCAAGUUGCACUUCACCUACUAUUACGAUGCCACCCCUGAUGAAGGGACGCCGAUAUCAAAUAGGAGUGCUGUGAAAAACUGCCAACCAACUGGUCCAAACUGCGGCUUCUUUGAUGCCUACUACAAGAAGAGCAUCAGGGCCAACUGGCCAUUCUUGUAUUCCACAGUCUCACUCCGCCGCGAGAUCGGCCGCAGGGGCAAACUUGGUGAUUGCUUGGAUAUCUGUGAGAAGGCCAGCCGCUGCCAUGCCGCUGCCUUUGUUGAUUACUUCCGCCAACUUGAUUGCAAUCUUUACGGUCGACCUUCUCAGAGCGCGGGCCCGAGUGGUUAUAGAAAUCGAUUGGAGAGAUACACUGGUCACGCCGAAAAGACGACCUGGAUCAAGUCUCCUGCAUUAUGCACACAAGGCACGGGGAAGUAGCAUCACAGUCGGGUAGAAGACUGUGUUACUUGAGAAUGAGGAUGAUGAUAAUGCAUUGAUCCCAGGUCGAAAACCAAAUAAGAAUCUUUUGAUUCUUUGUUUUAAGAUCUUGCUGUAAGCCAAUUUAUGAUUGAUGGAUUGAAUAAUUUUAUAUGAAAUAAAAACUUACAAUUAUACUUCACAAAACGGACACCGGGAAAUUUAUGGUGACAUGUACAUUAAUGAGUGUUUUCCAAUAUCACAUGGAAGGUGGAACGAUAUUUACCAUUUCAGGUGUUAAUGUUACACUGACAAAGGUUCACACAUGCCAGUAUCAACCCGCUUGGGAGUUAUGAUAAGGCAACACCGAAAAUAUUGAAAUAACUGACCCCACAAACACGACAUAGGUUUAAACACUGUGGAAUGCAGGUAACCUGAUUGUCGACAUCUGAACAUCGGUACAGUGAAUAUAUAUGAAACUCUUGGAUGAACAAAAUGGCUUUAGGUUUCGGCGGACAUGAUAAUAUGGGCAUGUACUAUUGGCUGAUUCAUCAUGAAGGUAUCCUUAGCCUACUCUCCCGUGUAUAUAGAGGAGUGAAGAACAUUAUCGUACACAUGUGCGUAACAUUUAGUGGAAAAGAUAAUUCCGUACCUUUCAUCAAUGUAAGUACCAAGUUGGGUGAAAAAUCAUGUACAUGUACACGGUUAUUUUUAAACGAUAUCUGAUGACAGUGGUAAACCGAAUAAAGUGAAUAGAGAUGAUUUA